CCAACGGGCGCGGUACGCCCGACUACUACCUAGGGCCUGAUUGGUGAUUACACCUACCGAGUUAUAGAGUUGAGACAUCAAGAUGAGCUGUGGAAAAUGCUUACUGUAUAUUAUAAAUACAUUAGAAGUGGGGCUGUGUCUGGGACUUCUUGGUCUGGGCCUGAGCACUGGAUUGACCCUCCUCACGUACGUAGCCUGCGGUGGCCUCAUCAUUGGCCUCCUGUGUUGGGGCGGACUCUGCACGGGCAAUCGCUGCAUGCUCCUCUCGUACACGUGGUGUAUGUUCACGCUGACGGUGAUGUGCCUGUGCUUCAUCAUAAGCCCGCAGACAGGGAAGUCGGUGGUCGGCGAGCCGCUGGAACAAUUCAUCCUAGCUGUUUACAUGAAGAGCGGAACGUUGGAGGAUCUGCCCUGCUGCCCGAAGAUCCCACUGGAGCGCCCCAGGGAUUGGGAGUCGUUGGUGGUUAGCAAGGUGAUGGGUGCGGGCAACGAGCUCUUGUGCGCCGGCACCAAGCUGGUUGGAGUCCUCACCUGCAAGGAUUUCGUUGACCUCAUCCUCGACACCUACGGAACUCCUCUAGCGCUUGCCGCCGCGGUCCUGAUGUUUACAUCCGGUGUAAAUACCUGGUAUGAAGUGCGUAUAGUCCUCAAACGCAGGCGAGACGCAUCACCAACAUGGUAAUGGGACCUGGAUUUCAUGUAGACAGCUACGUAAUCGUAACUAUAUAUAGUCAAAAUAAUUUAAGUUGGCAACAGCGGUCAUUGACCUUUCUAGUCUAGGAGUUAUGUGAAAAAUGCUCGCUCUGUAUUCUAUUAAUAUUGUACUCUUAUCUGACACAGGCUAUUAUAG